GUCUGUCUUUACCUCUCGUGGAUUGGUCAGAAACGUAAAGGGGUGGGCAAGCCGAAACUUCAGAACCUUGGAUCUCAGUUAUGAUUGGACAUGUAUUCGGCACUUGGAAAACGGGGUGUCGUUCACAGCUCAUACAGAAUGCCUGGAUCAGCCCCAGCCAACGGCGAGGCCACGUGGCCCAAAGAUGUGGGUGUCAUCGCCCUGGAGAUCUACUUCCCCUCACAGUACGUGGACCAGGCCGAGCUGGAGCAGUUUGACGGCGUGUCCGCUGGUAAAUACACGGUGGGCCUGGGCCAGGCGCGAAUGGGCUUCUGCUCGGACCGCGAGGACAUCAACUCCCUCUGCCUGACGGUGGUCCAGCGGCUGAUGCAAAGGAAUGGCCUCUCCUACGACCAGGUGGGCCGUCUGGAGGUGGGCACGGAGACCAUCAUCGACAAGUCCAAGUCGGUGAAGACGGUUGUGAUGCAGCUUUUCGAGGAGUCGGGCAACGCGGACGUGGAGGGGAUUGACACGACCAACGCUUGCUAUGGGGGCACCGCCGCCCUCUUCAACGCCGUCAACUGGGUGGAGUCCAGCUCCUGGGACGGUCGUUAUGCCCUGGUGGUGGCAGGAGACAUUGCAGUUUAUGCCACAGGAAGUGCCCGGCCAACAGGGGGCGCCGGUGCGAUAGCCAUGUUGGUAGGGCCCAACGCCCCACUGGCUUUUGACAGAGGUGUGAGGGGUACACACAUGCAGCACGCCUACGACUUCUACAAGCCAGAUAUGGCGUCAGAGUAUCCUGUGGUGGACGGAAAGCUCUCUAUCGAGUGCUACCUCAGCGCGUUAGAUCGCUGUUACUCUGUCUAUCGCAACAAGAUCCACGCACAGUGGCAAAGAGAGGGUGUGGACAAGCGUUUCAGCCUGGAGGACUUUGGCUACAUGGUGUUCCACUCUCCCUACUGCAAGCUGGUGCAGAAGUCCUUAGCCCGUCUGGUGCUCAACGACUUCCUCAGCCACCCCAGCCCCAACACAGAGACUGGACCAUUCAGUGGCCUGGAGGCUUUCAGGGAGGUGAAGCCGGAGGAGACCUACUUCAACAGGGAUGUGGAGAAGGCCUUCAUGAAGGCCAGCACGGAGAUGUUUGACCAGAAGACCAAGGCCUCCCUCCUCGUCUCCAACCAGAACGGCAACAUGUACACCCCCUCCGUCUACGGCUGCCUUGCUUCUGUUAUCGCACAACACACACCUCAGCACCUGGCAGGCCAGAGAAUCGGCCUGUUCUCCUACGGCUCAGGGUUUGCCGCCACACUCUACUCCCUCCGAGUCUCCCAGGACGCCACGCCUGGCUCUGGAUUGGAUAAGCUCUGUGCCAGCCUGUGUGACCUCAAGGCCAGACUGGACUCUAGGAGGAAGGUGUCACCUGCCAUGUUCGCAGACAACAUGCAGCUGAGGGAAGAUACUCACCACCUAGCACCUUACGUGCCCCAGGGUUCUGUGGAGGAGCUGUUCCCUGGGACGUGGUACCUGACCCGGGUGGACGAGAAGCACCGCCGGGAGUACGCCAGACGCUCCCUGAAUGACGACCUGCCCCUGGAGGCUGGCCUGGUCAACUCCACCACAGCCACUGAGCAGCACAUCCCAAGCCCAGUGAAGAAGAUGCCCCGCCUUCCCGCCUCCACAGCUGGUCCCGAGGCGGUCACCGUUAGCAACGGGGAUCAUUAAGCUAAGCUUACCUCUGUGAGGUACAGGUAGACAUGGAGGACGACCAACAAAGGACAUCGGAAACACAAUUGUAAUGCUAGCAGAGAGGACCCCCGUGCACCAUCUUCUCAGAUAUGUUUUCUAACUUAUUGCCGAAUGCUGCGUAACACUAAGCUAUUUAACUAUCACAUCAUGCAUUUAUCUUCAACCAUCAUUGCUCUCAAAUAUGUAACGGGGAGUAAUAUUAUAUGAAAUGUGCAUGUUCCAUUGGAGGCAUGGAAAGGAAAGGUGUUUAUCAAGGUAGCAGACAUUCCUGGAACUAAAGUCCUCAAGAUUCCACAUAAUUCAGGGUGAAAAUGUUGAUCCGAUUUCGGCUAUUAAGAUUAUUUUACAUAAGUUUGCAUUUCCCUUUUUCAAAAAGAAUAAAAGAAAGUAUUUAUAGCCCAACAA